AUGCCUAACUACACUCUGUACUACUUCAAUGGCCGCGGACGUGCCGAGAUCUGUCGUAUGUUGAUGGCCGCUGCCGGCGUCCCAUACACCGACAAAAGGUUCGAAUUCAACGAAUGGGACAAAUACAGGAAUGAUAUGCCCACAAUGUGCGUGCCUGUCUUGGAGAUGGACGGUGGCAUGAAGAUGCCUGAGACCAUGGCCAUUGCUAGGUACUUGGCUAGAGAAUAUGCUUCCUCCCUUCCUUUCUUUCUUCCUUCCUUUCUUUCCUUCCUGACUUCCUUCUUUCCUUCCUUUCUUUCUUUCCUUCCUUUCUUUCCUUCCUUUCUUUCCUUCCUUCCUUCUUUCGUUCCUUUCUUCCUUCCUUUCUUUCUUUCUUUCCUUCCUUCCUUUUUUCUUUCCUUCCUUCCUUUCUUUCUUUCUUCCUUCCUUCCUUCCUUCCUUCCUUCUUUCUUUCCUUCGUUCGUUCGUUCGUUCCUUUCUUUCUUUCUACCUUCCUUCAUUCCUUCUUUCCUUCGUUCGUUCGUUCCUUCCUUCCUUCCUUUCUUUUUCUUUUUCUUCCUUUCUUUCUUUCCUUCCUUCCUUCCUUUCUUCCUUCCUUUCUUUUCUUCCUUCCUUCUUUCUUUCGUUCGUUCGUUCGUUCGUUCGUUCCUUCCUUCUUUCCUUCCUUCCUUCUUUCUUUCCUUCCUUCCUUUUUUCCUUCCUUCCUUUCUUUCCUUCCUUCCUUUCUUUCCUUCCUUCCUUCCUUCCUUCUUUCCUUCUUUCCUUCCUUCCUUUCUUUCCUUACUUUCUUCCUUCCUAAUUUUAACCGUAGCUAUCAGUUUUCUUUCUAAUUUUGUCCACAGCUAUCAGUUCUUUCUUUCUUUCUUUCUUUCUUUCUACCUUUAUUUCUGCCCUUCUUUCUUUCUGCCUUUCUUUCUUUCUUUCUAA